GAAAUGUAUUUGGGGAAAUCAGAAUGUAGGCUCAAACCCAAACAAAAUGAAAUGAAGACACUUCCAUGAAGAGAAGCAUUCCAAGAGCUCAUGAUACCAUUCUGGAUGAACAUAAAAGGAAUGAACUUUUUACAGACAACUUUUGUAAAGUUUGUGGUGCGAUGCUACAGUUUGAAUCCCAAAGGAUUUCGCAUUAUGAGGGCAAGAAGCACGCUCAAAAGGUUAGACUUUAUUUCCAAAUUCAUGGGGAACAAAGUGAAGCCCAGGGCACUGAUACAAGAGGGCAGCUGGACUUUGUGAGCGGGCAGACGUGUGGGAGUGGAGUGGUGGACAGAAACAAGUGUUGUGAUCUCUGCAGCAUGGUUUUUAGUUCCCCAGUUGUUGCUCAGUCUCACUAUUUGGGGAAAGUUCAUGCCAAAAAGUUGAAGCACUUAAUGGGAGAACAUGCUCAGACGUCUCCACCAAGCUCUCAGCCAGACAAGGGUCUUCCCGUUGCUAGCUGUGCCGGGCCAGAGCCACAGCAGCCCGCAUGUGACCGAGAUGCCCCAGAAGCGGCGAUGGAAGAAACCCCCAUGUCCUGUGGCGGCCCCACUUUGGAUCUGAACUAUGCAGACAGAUACUGCGAGCUGUGCUGUGCCUCCUUUAACAGCCCGCUCAUGGCCCAGCAGCACUACCUGGGCAAGAAGCACAAGAGAAACGAGGCCCGGAAGAAGAUCCUGGAAGAGAUCGGGCAGAAGACCCUCCCCGCCCAGUCCACGAGCAGUGCACUUGGUGUGGGUAACUACAUCUGUCCCAUUUGUAGUAUCACCCUUACAUCUAUAGAAAUGUACCAGUCCCACAUGCAAGGAAAUAAACAUCAGAUUAAAGAAUCUCUGGUUGUUAACCUGAUGAAAAAUUCGAAAAGAGCCUUUCACUCUUUCCAAGAUGAGCUGGCUGAGUACAUCCAGGUGCAGAAAGCUCGUGGGCUGGAGCCCAAGACUUACUUCAGGAAGAUGGCGGAGGAGCACUUUGAGAUGGGCCAGUACAAGGAGGAGCUUGCUGCCCAGCCCCACAGUGUCCUGGAGGCAUUUGAGCGGAGACUCCCACCCGAGACUUUCCAGGCCUGCCAAGGAACGUGUGCCCUCACUCGAGCGGUUGAGAACACAUUGCACCGUUGGUCACCAGGCCACAACAGCAGGUUCAGGCUGGAAUCUCCUGGCCACUGCCAGCCCAACAAGGAAGAGUUCUCGGAAAAAUUAGCGGCCCUGGGGCCCACGCAGCAGGAGGAUGACUCGGGCCCAUCCGGCGUCUCCUCUGACAACAGCACUGAUUCCUGCCGAGCGAGCCGUAAGCCAAGAGUGACUCACCAGAGGAAGAAAAGAAAUCCCAGGGAGGAGAGAGAAGACCGACCGAACGGGGAAAAGAAGAGGAAGAAAAACAUGGAGGACAAAGACCCGGGCAAAGACCACAAGGCCAUCCGAAGGAGGAAGGCAGAGGCAGAUGCCAGCAGCGUAGGAAAGCCAAAGCAUAGGAGAGAGAGGAGACACCAGGACGUAGCAGCCGACAAAGAAGACCGCAGACACCGGAAGGAGAAGCAGCAGCCCCUGCCCAGGCAGACAGAGGAGGAGAUGUUGUGGGAUGAGUCCAUCCUGGGCUUCUGAUGGGAGGCGCCUGAAGGUGUUCGGCCUGGUGUCCGGCACUUUAAAACGAGGAGAAGUAACUUCUCUUAACAUUUUCUAAAAAUGAUUUUAUGAAAAUGCCUUGUUUUUUCCAGGUAAUGCUGCUUCAUUUUGUAUGGAAGGCUACUUUUCUUCCCCAGGUGGCAAUGAUAGCUUUGAGUUAUCCUUUAUUUCAAAUGACCUUUCUGAAUUCCUUUCUUGCUUAGGUUUCUGUCAGUCUGGGUUAAGGUUUGGUGUUUUGUUUUCGCUUUGUUGUUUUUUAAGAGAAUAUAUGGAGCAGUGUAGGAUUAUUUUUUCCCAUGUUUAGACUUAAUUUACAAUGUGUUUUCCAGGUCUGAAAGUGUAAAUGACGUAGGCUAAAGUCAGAUAGACAUAGUUCAAAAUGUUCUCAAGUGAAGAAUACUGAUCAGAAUUCAGCCGCAUUCAGGAAGUGUUCAUAUUAAAAAUAUUCUAAUUUUACAUGCUGUUGUACAUAAGUGAUGUCUUCCCUUCACAAUAUAGUUGUACCCUUCCCCGAAUGCUUUGGAUUUAGUCCUUCGUUCCUCUGUUAUUUGGCCGCAGCUGGUAAGGAGGAGGUUCCUGAGCAGGGAAGCGGAGGUUGAUUCUUAAAUCCCAUAUGGGGUGGCCAAAAACUGGGCAACGGUAAGAGGUUUCUGAAUGUGCAGCAACCACAAAUUAAUUAAAACUCAAACACAUGA